AUGCCAGUGCCAUCGUUUGAGCGUCUUGUACGAUUUGUGCCCAAAUCCUCUGUGGAGAUACUCAUAGGCCAGCCGGUAGAUUCGGAGCUCGAUGUGGGAGCUGCAAUCAUUGCAGGAAAAGAGGUGAAAGUUGAUGUAUACAGUGGAUCAUCAGUCCUAGAACCAGGGAUCUCAACUGGAACCGUCAAAGAAAUUGGAAAGCUCCUAUCUCCCCUCGCAAAGUCCGAGGUUGGCACGAUUAGGUGUAUUGGAUUGAAUUAUGUUCAACAUGCACACGAAGUCAAAAUGGCUAUUCCUGAUCUGCCAACCGUUUUCAUGAAACCCUCGACCGCUCUGGCAGAUCCAUAUCCUUCUCCAACAGUUAUACCCAAAUUUGCGCUGAAAGAUGAUUGCUGCGAUUACGAAUCCGAGUUGGUUAUUGUGAUUGGAGAGAAAUGCAAGGAUAUCAGCGAGGCAGACGCAUUGAACUAUGUUUUGGGAUAUACCGCGGCGAAUGAUGUUAGCAGUCGAGCAAGUCAAUUUGCGCAAAGUCAAUGGUGCUUCAGCAAAAGUUUUGACGGAGCUUGUCCAAUUGGCCCGGUUUUGGUAUCCACGAAGCUCAUUCCAGACCCAUCGAAACUCCGAGUUAGAGGUCUGAAGAAUGGAAAUGUUAUGCAAAAUUGCGGAACACACGAUUUGAUCUUUCCCGUUGCGAAAAUUGUUUCUUUCCUCUCGCAGGGUACUACACUCCUGCCAGGUACUAUAAUCCUGACUGGUACUCCGGCAGGUGUUGGUAAUAGCUUCAUACCAGAGGAAUAUCUGAGAGAUGGAGAUUCAUUUUCUGUUGAGAUACUGCCACAUAUUGGAACUUUGAUGACCAAGUUUGAAUAUCAAAAGUAA